AUGCCGUCCUUUAAGCCCUUUUCCUCGGUGACGGGACGUCAUAGCUACAGUCUCUUCGAUAUCAGGUUAGAAGAAGACUUCAUCGUCUUCCGCGGAAACGAACAGGAAUCGUCCGGACAGCUCCUCAAGGGCGUCGUCGUGCUAUGUCUCUCCUCGCCCCUCCGCAUGGAGGACAUCCACCUGCGCCUGAUUGGGACUCUUCGCCUUCAUUGGUCUGACCCUGGAUCUAGCACGCCGGGCGUCACCGGCCAGCGAGUCGACCGGUCCGUCAACAUCCUCGACCACCGAUUCCCGCCCUUUGUCGGCACCCACGGCAAGAGCAUGACCCUGCCCGCCGGCAACUACGAGUAUCCCUUCGAAUACCUUCUGCCCGGCGACACCCCCGAGAGCGUCGAGGGCAUCCCCGAGGCAUCCAUCACAUACCGGCUCAAGGCCACCGUCAGCCGCGGCAAGUUCGCCUACGACCUGCACGCAUACAAGCACCUCCGCAUCAUCCGCACGCUCGAGCCCGGCGCCCUCGAGUUCCUGCACGCCAUGAGCGUCGAGAACAUCUGGCCCAACAAGAUUGAGUACUCCAUCGUCAUCCCCCAAAAGGCCGUCGUCUUUGGCGGCACCAUCAACAUGGAGAUGCGCUUCUCGCCGCUCCUCAAGGGGCUCGAGAUUGGCGAGAUCAAUGCCAAGAUGGUCGAGAUUCGGGAUUGCUUCAUCCAGGGAGCGAGUGGCCUGAACAUGCGCGAGCACCGCACCGAGCGCGACGUGGCGACGUGGAAGUUUCCGGUGACCCGGGAGGAGCAUUGGCACGACAUGAUUGAGGACACUGGACAGGAGGGCUGGCUGGUCAAUAGCCCGCUUCCCCUGCCCAAGAAGCUGCGCCAGUGCAUCCAGGACUUGAACCACCACGGAAUUCGAGUCAGGCAUAAGAUCAAGCUCACCGUCGCGCUCAAGAACCCGGAUGGCCACAUUUCCGAGCUGCGAGCGACACUUCCCGUUUCCAUCUUCAUCUCCCCCAACAUCCCGUUCGACGAACAGGGCAACCUGGUUAACCAAGCUCCCGGCGCACCCCCCCUCGAGCAGGAUCUCGGCUCCAUGGCACCACCGGGAUACGGCGAACAUGUGCUCGACCAGCUGUAUGACGAGAUGGACGUCACCGGCUUCCAGACACCGGCCGUGCAUUCUGGAUUCAACAGCCCCUUUUACGGACACUCACGGGCAGGUUCCUCGGAGAACUUGGCAGCCUUGGCCAACAGCGCACCCAUCACGCCGGCGGCGCUCUCGUCUCGGCUGGCGAGCGUCUCACUGGAUCAGUCGCAGCGGAAUAGCUCGUAUCAAUCCAUCCAGGCUGCAUCUGGCCGCACCUCACCUACCCACGGAACCAGUCACACGUCUCAUACGCCCCAUACCCCACAGACUCCGGCACAUUUGAGUCGGACAAACAGCGAAGAGGAGGAAGCCAGUGCUCGAAGCUCGGGAGAACGAGCCCAAGUAGAUACGGCCGAAUUCGCCCAAUUGAAUCGAGUGCCGAGCUAUUCAACUGCGGUCAAGACGCCGGCACGGUCUCGGACCUCUACUGGCUUCUCUGCCCCAGACUACCAAACGGCCCUGAGCGCUCCGCGGACACCGCCGAACAUGGAGCUCAGCGGCAGCAACGACGCCCUGUCGACGAUAGCUGAGCACGCAGCUGGCGAGGCCCAAGAGACGCGCGAGCCGCACAUGCAAAGCGUUGCUCGGGCCCUGUCCCCUCCGAUGGCCCGCUCUCAGUCGGAUGACAACUCGAUACAUCGGAGGUUACAUCUGUUCCGCGCCAGAGACCAGGCUGUCUGA